AUGCUGCGUGAGCCGUAGUUGACAGCUCGCACACGUCUGCGCACUCGGGAUUGGAUAGAUGAUUCUGAGGGGCGGGGCACGAGGGCCCCCAUGCCUGCUGCCACACUGGAGCCGCCCGCUCAGCGGGAUGAACUCUCGCGAUACUUACGUCCAGUCUUGCGAGCUCUGGCGUGGCGCUCGGCAGCUGGCCCUAACGGGGAGGAGGUGGCGUUCCGUUGGUGACGUUGGGCUCCGGCGGCGCCGGUAGGGCGUUCUCCGGAGCUGUGCGGCCAGCUCCCGCCGCCGUCCCGCUGCAGCGCUCGCGAUGGGCGCCCAGGACCGGCCGCAGUGCCACUUCGACAUCGAGAUCAACCGGGAGCCGGUUGGUCGAAUUAUGUUUCAGCUCUUCUCAGACAUAUGUCCAAAAACAUGCAAAAACUUCCUAUGCUUGUGCUCAGGGGAGAAAGGCCUUGGGAAAACAACUGGGAAGAAGUUAUGUUAUAAAGGUUCUACAUUCCACCGUGUGGUUAAAAACUUUAUGAUUCAGGGUGGGGACUUCAGUGAAGGUAAUGGAAAAGGUGGAGAAUCAAUUUAUGGUGGAUACUUUAAAGAGAAUGUGGUCUUUUGCAAAAUGAAAAGAUGAAAACUUUAUUCUCAAACAUGACAGAGCGUUCCUUUUGUCAAUGGCAAAUCGAGGGAAACAUACCAAUGGUUCCCAGUUUUUCAUAAACAGUGUUACACCGUGCGCUCCAAAGAACUACAAAGCCUGCUCCACACCUGGAUGGGGUUCAUGUUGUCUUUGGACUGGUUAUAUCUGGUUUUGAAGUAAUUGAACAGAUUGAAAAUCUGAAAACGGAUGCUGCAAGCAGACCUUAUGCUGAUGUCCGAGUUAUUGACUGUGGUGUGCUUGCCACAAAGUUGACAAAAGAUGUUUUUGAAAAAAAAAGGAAGAAACGGACACAUUCAGAAGCCUCGGACUCUUCUUCCAGUUCCUCUUCCUCUUCAGAGUCGUCCUCAGAAAGUGAAGUUGAACGAGAGAGAACCAGGAGGAGGAGACAUAAGAGGAGGCCAAAAGUCAGACAGACUAAAAAAAGACGGAAAGAAAUGAGCGGUUCAGAAGAACCGAGGAGGAAGCGCACAGUGAGUCCUGAAGGUUACUCUGAGAGGAAUGAUGUGAAUGAAAAAAGAUCAGGUGACUCAAACGCCAAAAGAGAAAAGCCUGUUGUCCGCCCGGAAGAGAUUCCUCCAGUUCCCGAGAACCGAUUUUUACUCCGAAGAGAUAUGCCUGCUGUCUCUGUGGAGCCUGAACAGAACAUUCCAGAUGUUGCACCUGUUGUAAGUGAUCAGAAACCAUCUGUAUCAAAGUCUGGACGGAAAAUCAAAGGAAGAGGCACAAUUCGCUAUCACACACCUCCAAGGUCAAGAUCCCACUCUGAGUCAGAAGAUGAUGACAGCAGUGAAACCCCUCCUCACUGGAAGGAGGAGAUGCAGAGACUGAGAGCUUACAGGCCACCAAGCGGGGAGAAGUGGAGCAAAGGAGACAAGCUAAGUGACCCAUGCUCAAGUCGAUGGGAUGAAAGAAGCUUGUCCCAGAGAUCCAGAUCAUGGUCCUAUAAUGGAUACUAUUCAGAUCUUAGUACAGCAAGACACUCUGAUGGUCACCACAAAAAACGCAGAAAGGAAAAGAAGUUUAAGCAUAAAAAAAAAGCUAAAAAGCAGAAACAUUGCAGAAGACACAGACAGACAAAGAAGAGAAGAAUAGUUAUGCCACCUGAUUUGGAACCCUCAAGAUCUCCCACCCAUCGAAUGAAAUCCUCCUGUGUUAGAGAAAGGAGGUCUCGUGCCUCCUCCUCAUCCUCUCAUCACUCAUCAAAGCGAGACUGGUCUAAAUCAGACCAGGAUGACAGGAGCGCUUCAACCCAUUCCAGCAGAGACUCCUACAGAUCCAAGUCUCGUUCACGAUCAGAUUCUAGAGGGAGCUCUAGAUCAAGGGCUGUGUCAAAGUCCUCAUCUCGUUCACGCAAUAGAUCAAAGUCUAGAUCUAGUUCCAGGUCAGGGCCCCGAAGAACGUCAAUAUCCCCUAAAAAACCUGCUCAGCUGAGUGAAAAUAAGCCAGUUAAGACAGAACCUUUAAGGUCAUCGAUACCACAGAAUGGAAAUGUGCUAGUACAGCCAGUAGCAGCAGAAAACAUUCCUGUAAUACCAUUGAGUGACAGCCCGCCCCCUUCUAGGUGGAAGCCUGGACAGAAGCCCUGGAAGCCCUCCUAUGAACGAAUUCAGGAGAUGAAAGCUAAAACAACCCACUUGCUGCCUGUCCAAGGCACAUACAGUUUAACAAAUAUUAAAGCAACUGUGAGUUCAUCUUACCACAGAAGAGAAAAACCUUCAGAAAGUGAUGGGAGUGCUUAUUCAAAGUACAGUGAUAGAAGUUCUAGAAGCUCAGGAAGGUCAAGGAGUAAGUCAUCAAGGAGCAGGUCAUCCUCCAGAUCAUACACAAGGUCAAGGUCACGAAGUCUCCCUACUUCACGCUCACUCUCUAGGUCUCCGUCAUCUAGGUCUCGCUCACCAAAUAAGUACAGUGAUGGUUCCCAACGCAGUAGGUCAUCUUCAUACACUUCUGUUAGCAGUGAUGAUGGAAGACGAGCCACAUUUAGAUCCAGCAGGAAAAAAAGUGUCACUUCAAGUAAAAGACAACGCAGUAGCUCUGAAAAGACACUUCACAGUAAAUAUGUCAGAGGCAGAGAGAAGUCUUCAUGUCACAGAAGGUAUAGUGAAAGCAGAUCAUCUAUAGAUUACUCCUCAGACAGUGAGCAGUCACGUGUUCAAGGAGUGCACUCAGCCCCAGAGAAGGAGAAGCAGGGCAAAGUAGAAGGAUUGAAUGAUAAGCAGGGGAAAGGCAGAGAAGAAGGAAAAUCCAAGCCUGAAUGGGAAUGUCCUCAUUCUAAAAAGAGAACUCUGAAAGAUGAUCUUCCUGAUCACUCUAGAGAUGGCAGUGUGUCCAGAGGGAAGAAUUGUGCUGGGAGUAAAUGGGACUCUGAAUCAAACUCAGAACAAGAUGUGACUAAGGGCAGGAAAAGUGAUCCCCAGAGAAGUUCUGAUAAGGAAGAGGGUGAAGCCUCUUCAGACUCCGAGUCAGAAGUUGGCCAGAGUCACAUCAAAGCCAAACCCCCAGCAAAGCCUCCAACAAAUACUUUUCUGCCUGGCAGCGAUGGUGCCUGGAAGUCUAGGAGACCACGGUCUUCGGCCUCUGAGUCAGAGAACUCCUGCUCCAACUUGGGGACCAUUAGAGUGGAGCACCAGAAGCAAAAACACCCAAAGGAUAGUCUUAAAGGGGACCACACAAAAAGGGUGAGAGAGAAAUCAAAAGCCAAAAAAGAUAAAAAACACAAGGCUCCAAAACGGAAGCAAGCUUUUCACUGGCAACCUCCACUCGAGUUUGGUGAUGAGGAGGAAGAGGAGAUGAAUGGAAAGCAAGUUACGCAGGACCCAAAAGAGAAAAGGCCUGUCUCUGAGAAGUGUGAAGCUGUGAAAGACAGUACUCCAAAAGUUGAAAAACCCUGUGAUGAAGGCAGCUGUCCAAGUAAACCGAAGAUGGGUACUUUAGAGCAUGACCCACUUGCAGAGGGUGACUGUGAUCCCAGUUCUUGCCCUGCAUCUCUGAAAGUGGUGGAAAACACUAGCAGCUCUCCACCUAGCACCCAACAUCUUGAAGAACAUGUCCCAGGUGGAGGGGAGGACGUGCUUCAGACAGAUGACAACAUGGAGAUUUGUACCCCUGAUAGGACUUCCCCUGAAAAGGGAGAGGGGGUGUCCCCUUUAGCAAACCACAGGCUAGAUAGCCCAGAGGUGAGCAUUAUUCCAGAACAGGAUGAGCAUGUGGCCCAGCCCAUAGCAGGUGGGGAGCAAGAGAGUGGCGUGUCUGAAAGCAAGACCUUGGCUGAAAGUGGGGUUAAACAGGACAGCUCUACCAGCUUGACCAGUCCUGUAGAAGUUGCUGGAAAGAAGGAAGGUGCUGAGAAGAGCCAGAUGAACCUCACAGAUAAGUGGAAGCCAUUGCAAGGUGUAGGGAAUCUGGCAGUGUCUGCUGUAAGCACAUCCAGUGGUCUGGAUGUGAGGGCAUUAUCUACUAUGUCUGAAGUGAAACCACAAGGCUUGAGGAUAGAAAUCAAAAGCAAAAAUAAAGUUCGGCCUGGGUCUCUCUUUGAUGAAGUAAGAAAGACGGCACGCCUAAAUCGGAGGCCACGGAAUCAAGAGAGUUCCAGUGAUGAGCAGACACCUAGUCGGGACGGUGAUAGCCAGUCCAGGAGUCCACACAGAUCUCGAAGUAAAUCUGAAACCAAAUCUCGACACAGAACAAGGUCUGUGUCGUACAGUCACUCACGAAGUCGAUCUAGAAGUUCCACUUCAUCUUACCGAUCAAGAAGCUACUCGAGAAGCCGGAGCAGGGGCUGGUAUAGCAGAGGCCGAACCCGUAGCCGGAGCAGUUCCUAUGGAAGUUUUCAUAGCCACAGGACGUCCAGCAGGAGCCGGUCCAGGAGCAGCUCCUAUGACCCUCACAGCCGCUCCAGAUCCUACACCUACGAUAGCUACUAUAGCCGGAGUCGCAGCCGCAGCCGCAGCCAGAGGAGUGACAGUUACCAUCGGGGUAGAAGUUACAACAGGCGGUCCAGGAGCGGUAGAUCCUAUGGCUCGGACAGUGAAAGUGACAGAAGUUACUCUCAUCACCGGAGCCCCAGUGAGAGCAGCAGAUACAGCUGAGGUGUCUGUGUACAGAGUGUCUUAACUGUGUAAAUACCUGGUAACUUAAAGCUUAAGAAACUGGAUGGUAGUCUGUUGUGUUUUAGUAUUAGACCUCAGUCCAAGAGUGGAUAUUUCUUGUCACUUAUUUACAUGUGCGCAGAAGAAUUUAAAGUGCAGAUGUCCCUAGAAAUAUUUUUAUGCCCCAUUUUACAGUAGGCAACUAUAAAAUUUUCAUUUUCUUGAAUCAAGAAAUGGUAAAUUUGAUGUAAGUAUAAUUUACAGAAUUACUGUAGAUAGGCUUUCUGUAGAUUACAUUGUCCGUAGAAUUUGGGGUUUCUUUUUGUUCCAGGUUUUAGCAUCCAUGCUCCCAAACAGAAUUGUGGAGAGCUAUCACAAGACACGCGUUCCCCAUGUUCCCAUGUCCGCAUUGUGGAGAGCUGUCAUAAGACACACGUUCCCCAUAUUCCCAUGUCCGCUGGCUUCUUGGUGUGUGCUGUCAGAUCAGGCUAUCCACAUGCAUAGUGACUAUGGCCAGGUGUACAGGUUGAUAGCUCAUGUCACCGUGUCUGCAGCAGUCCAUCCCAGCUGUGAGCACCCACACUGUCUAAGGGCUCUGCUUUCUCACAGUGAAUGCCAGAAGCUCAUGAGGAUAGUGACUGUGUUGCCACCCCAGUUCCUACUUUGGUGCUUGGUGCCUUUGGUUUCUCAUAUACCCUACGUCAUAUCUUCAUAUACUGCAGUUUGUGAUUUUUUUUUUUUUAAUUCACUGGCACCAAAAAUUAUUUCUUCUGAGCUGGGUUCACUAUGAGUGUAGGGGCUUCUUCCAAACACAGAUAUGUGGUGGAGGUCCCUUGGAACAGAACCCGUAAGGCUGGUCGUCAUCUGCACAUGUGGGCUAAAGAGCUAAAGAAUGGACUUUAGAAGCAACUCCACAGUCUUUAAAUACUAUACCCUAGAGACACUUGGGCCAAGCUUUUCUCUCACUGUGGCAACAGCCCUGCCCCAACCAUCCCGUUCCCUGUUUGUGCUGAGACACACCCCCACCGCCACCAACUCCAUGAAGCACUGCCUGAUGAAGGAAACCCAGGACAAAAGUUGGGGGCAGCACGGUCACAGGCUCUGCUGCACAGAUAGGUGUUCUUACGUCAUUGCGUGGCUCCUCCAGGAAGAAUCUAAUCUAUAAAAACUAGUGUGGGUUUGUUUCUUUGUUUUGUUUUACUCUUUAGUUUGCAUUCUUUCCCCAAGUGUACUUAAUCACCUUAGUGCCAGUUUAGUCCAGUUCACAGAAUUCCUGUCAGGUAUAUGGUGUAGAAGUCUAUACCAUCCUAUCCCACCCAGGCCUUGCUGGUGUACUUGGGAAGAGAAAAAGCCUUGGGCUGGAGGAUCUUACUAAAGCCCUGGCCAGAUGGAGGGGAGGUACUGGAUGUAUGGAAAUAGUCUUCCAGGGCCAUGUGGCUCAGUGAUGUAUAGCAUGUGCUUAGCAUGUAAGUAGCUCUGGGUUCAGAUAGCAGCACCCCACAAAUAAUGCUGUCACUCUCUGAUGUAUGUAAACAGCAUUUUGGUGGCCAGACACUGUUGUUCACCAUGUCUAUAAAUUAGAAGAAUAACAUCAGAACUCAGUGCUUGGCCAGUUUAUCGUGAGUGGUUCCCUCUUUUUUUUCCUUUAAAGUUGCCUACAAAGAAGGAUGUUUGAAUCUGGUAUUCAGUGGGAAGGAUGCAUUCAGAGCCCAAACUGGCAAAUGGAAUUAGUAAGAAAAGGUCACUAUUGGGCCAUGUAUUCUUAUUUGGUUGCUGUGUAACAAGUUAUCCCAAAUUUCUCAGCCUAUGAGUGCCCAUGUGUCAUUGAUGAUCCGGCAUGGUAGGGUUGACUUGUCUGCUCAGGGUCUCAAGGCUAUGACUGAGGGGCUGGAAGGGUGCAUUCUCACGAAGACUCUGGGAAGGAGUGACUUUCUUGAAGCCGGGGUCUCUCUAGACUCCUUGGAGGAUGCCCAUAUCCCCUGCUGUAGGCCUUACUGUCUUCAACCAACAGGGACCCCUUGAAUCUUUGUCUUUCUUCAAAACUUCUACCCUCCUCCUGCUUUAAGGGUCCACGUAACUAGAUGAAACCUCAGAGACAAAUCUGUACUUGAAGUCCCGUGGCCAGAGGAAUUAAUUCGGACAUUGGCAGGUUCUGGGGAUUAGCAUAGAGAGAGGAAGGCAUCCACCUCCUGCCGCCAUGGACAGGGCUUAACCUGUACAGCAGGCACUCGUGUUCAGUAGUGUCAGCCUUGCUGUUCAUACUCAAGUGAGCUACAGAAAUGGCUUUUCUUCCUCACCAGGAUCAUUCUGUAUUUUGAAGUUAUUUUUUUAAUAAAAUUGAAUUAUGUUGUGUAAUGUGCUUAAUAGAAAAUGCUUUAUUGAACGAUUUUGUAACAUCCUGUUUACUGCAAGUGGCAUAGUUGAUAUUGUUCAAAAAUGUAGAAAAUACUUUUGUACAUACUAGCAGUGUCUAAUUUGUAUAUACUUCUAUUAAAUUUCUCUACAACUUGAAAAGGAUCUUGUGGAAAUGAAAAUCCAUGCUGAGUUUAA